CAGCGCUAGUACAGUUGUAUGUCUGUCCAUGGUAUUAUGGAUCAGUCUGGUCUGAGGGGUCUGAGCCAUUAAAGAAAACAGGAGCAGUAAAGAUUGUGUAUCGAAGUUUUACAAAAACGAUAUCAUUUUUUGUCAAUACAAGGUUUUUAAAGACAAAUGAACAACUUUCUGAAAACCGGCAAAAUGCUGCAUAAUCGUGAUCUACCAAAGUUAAUUGUUAUUGGAAAUGAAAGCUGUGAUUUAGAUUCUGUGGUUUGCAGUAUAUCGCUCGCUUUCCAUAUUUCGAAAUCUCCAGCUUCUUUAAAAAUAAAACAGAAUUAUGAUCACGUACUGCCGGUGUUGAAUGUGACCAGAGAAAAUUUGCCACUCAAAACGGAAGUUGUUUAUUACCUACGAGAGAAUGAUAUCGAUUUGAACGAUUUGGUAUGCAAAGAUGAAAUAUACCUGCCGGAAACUUCAAGUAAUACGAAUUUUGUAUUGGUUGACCAUCACUUAUCUAAAUAUAGAGUUAAUGUAAUCGGAGUUGUGGACCAUCGACCUUUUGAUCCCAAUUCAGCGUUAAACCAUGACAUUUUCAUAUAUAUUGAAGAAGUUGGGUCAUGUGCAACUCUGAUUGCUAGUCUAAUUGAGAAGUCUAGUAUUCUUGAAAGCAAUCUGGAGGAAUAUCAUAUUGUGUUGAAGUUGCUUUAUGGGGCAAUUGUUCUGGAUACUGUCAAUUUAUCAAAACAAGCAGAUAAAACUAGAAAAUUAGAUCUUGAAAUGCUGCAAUUGAUUGAAGAUUACCUUCAUGUGACUGAUACACACCGUCAGGAGUUGUUCAAUUCACUCGUCUUUAAUAGGAAUGACAUAUCUUCCCUCAAUACAUUAGAAGUGUUAUCAAAAGAUCUGAAAAUAUUAACUCGAAAUGGGCGAACGAUAGCUAUACCUGGGUUUCCCUUGUUGGUUCAAGACUACAUUCUGCGAGAUAAUGCCGAAACAGCUGUUUUCGAAUUUGCGAAUAGGGUCGCAGCAAAUGUGCUCAUAUUGAUGGGAAUGAAAAUAAAUUCAUCAAAUACAGACGUAAGCAGAGACAUAGGCUUGAUAAACAUUGACGAUGUGGAUUUAUACACCAAGAUGAAAAACAGAAUUAUGUCUACUGAAGCGCGAAGUUUCGGGUUUGAAAUUAUUCCGGACGUAGAUUUCAAUCAAGGUGUUUUAUUCAAACAGAAGAACGUAAAAUGUUCAAGAAAACAACUAAUACCUAUGAUUAAUUAUGUUCUAGAUAAUGUCUUGCUGUCGUAAUUGGAAUAUGAAUAAAAAUGAUGUUACGUUAACUA